AUAAAAGGCGCGACCGCCUAGGUAGACGCCACAGUCGAGGAGUGAACUUAUAACUGGUAGGAGCUCCCGCGUGUUUCUCAGACUCACGCCCCGAGAACUGUGAUGCAGAGUCUUAUUAAGCUGGUGGUGGUUGUGGCGGCCGCGUCCCUGGUCGUCAAGGAAAUCGAGGCUUCGAGCACAGCUAAACCAGAGACCCUGGUAGAAGGAGCGGACGCAGCCACCUCAACACUACAAACUUUCUUAGUAGGAAACGAAUCUAUCACCCAAACUCCACAGACAACGGAUGCGCUGACCUCAACAACUGAAUCACUGGUGGCAUUAAACGAUUCGACCACCCUAACACCCCAGACAGGGAACGUGCCCACAACAUCACCUCAGAAUGUGACAGAGAUGUCUUCUGGACUACCUGCUUUCGAAGCAGGUGGAGUCCUGAGGGAGGCCGGGGAGGAGGUGGACGACGAGGACACGCCGUGGUUCGUGCCUGGGUGUAGGUACUACUGCAUGUGGAAGGAAGACCCUUACUGCUGCGACGACGGCUCCAAUCCCCUGCCUCCAGACCAUGAGAUUCACGAAGGCCUUGCCUGCCCACCGAUGGGUGACCAGAUCUGCAAGAGCGACGCCAUCUAUCUGGCCACCUACUCCAUCAAAACGGCGAGGUACUCCGGGUCGCUACCUCUGGUGAAGGGGGCGCCGAAGGAGCAGUUGAUGUGUGCCUCUGACGGCUACUGCCUUGAGGACGAGAAGUGCUGCCCCAGCCAGUGUGCUGGCAGACACAUCUGUCUCCCAGGACUGCUGCCCAUUGAGAAAUUUCCUCUUGACUCCGACGAGCAAGAAGAGGAAGAGGAGGAGGAGGAAGAUGUAGAGGGAAGAAUGAUGGAGGAAGAUGAUGAUGUUAUGCCGGAAGGCGACGAAAUGGAGAAAGUGAUGGAGGAUGAUGAACAGAAUGGGAUGGAAGAGCGGAAUGAGACAGGAGCGGAUGAGAUUUCAACUCCAUAUUAGUUCAUUUAUUAUGUACCCCAUACCCAUUCUGUGAGCGGUAGUGGGAAGGGUUAACAGAGGCACAUAAUGAGUUCAGGAACUGAACCCCCCAAAAUUCAUUUAGGUAAGCAAGUUACAGCACCGAUGAGCUAGUUACAUAAUAUAUCAACAUACAAAUAAAUCAACAGUGUCUUCACAGUUUAUGAAACAAACAUGACCGUGACCCCCUAGACGCCCCAACACAAGGGGUGAAGAGUUUGCAACUUGAGCCAGUUACAUGCAUUAUUGACCUGUGAGGCAGUCCACACAUCUAGUGGGCGGCGGUGGGACGGUUGCACACACCUGCCCAAUGAGAGAGAAGAAUGGCGAUGAAGACAGAAGUAGCAAUGCAAUAGAAUAACGUAGAAUAACAUAGAGGAGGGAAACAAAUGUUGGAAAAGGAGAGAAAUAACACAGAUUACCAAAUAAAAGCGGGAAUAUAUAUAUAUAAAUACAUAUAUAUAUAUAUAUA